UAGCAUCUUGAUCUGUCUCGUCUUUAUGUUUUCUACAGAUCUCUUUGGUCAUUCUAUAUGGGUCUUCAUAAUGACUUCAAUUCCGAGGACGUAACAAAUCAGCUGUGUCUUGCUUGGAGAUGUGUGUACUGGUUGAUCCAAGCUACUGCGUAUUCUCGGGUAUAUCCUUCUCUUGUUCUUGAAAUGCUUGCUAAGUACAUAGAUAUUCUAUCUGCUAGGAGAAUUUAGAACGAGUUGGAUCCGCAGAGUAAUCUUGUUUUCUGGAAUGCAAUCAUUUCUGGAUAUAUAAAACUUGGUGUGUUUCAUGUUUUAUGAGGCUUUCGGAGUUAAAAGUUGCGAAUGGUUAGUGAAUAAGUUUAAUGCCAUGUCAACAAGAAAAGACUAGCUGGCAUAGAGCCAGACUUACACUGGUAUCUUGCAGCCGUUCAGUAUUAUUAGAAGGCCUUAAUAUAUUCGAAUCAAUUAGAAACCCGUCAAGAUAUGGCAAUACUUGUCUUUAUGAUUUUGCGUGGGUAUGCAAUAUAGAUUAAUUGAGAAUAUGCUAGUGGAUGCAGAGCUUUUAUGAUUUCUUGUUAGGUUCCACUUUUUGUCUUUAGUUGCUUGCUCUCCAGUAUGAACUUCAUGUGGGAAUAUAGUAUCUUUAAAAGUGGUUGAUGAAAGGUUUUUCUUUGUCGUUUCUCUUACAUGUGAGUCAUUCCGCAUGGAGGUUGACUUACUGGCUUUUGCUCGGAAGCUCCCUCUUAAACACGCCCAAGAGUUCUAUCAUAAACCUAAAAUUCUAUCAUAAACCUAAAAUUUUUCUUUCCAAUGGAUCCAAGACUUCAACAAGCAGCUGAAUCUGGAAGCAUCGACGAGCUCUAUGCUCUUAUUGAUGAGAAUCCAUACAUACUUGAAAACAUGGACGCAGUGCCAUUUGUGAGCACUCCCCUCCAUGUAGCUGCAGCUUCUGGGAACAUACCAUUUGCCAAGGAGAUGCUGAAUCUCAAGCCCUCUUUUGCUAGAAAGCUCAACACAAGCGGGUACAGUCCAUUGCAUCUUGCUGUAGACAAGGAUAAGACUAAGUUUGUCGGCAGGAUGCUCUGGCUUGAUAAUGGUCUUGCCCGCGUUAAAGGGAAAAACGGCAUCACACCGUUUCUUUCACUAGUGUCAAGAGGAAAAACAAAUCUUGUGGCAGAGUGUCUCCUUACUUCCCCUGAAUGUAUCCAAGAUGAGACUGUAGAUAGCCAGAAUGCUCUGCAUCUUGCUGUGAUACAUGAUAGAUUUGAAGUUCUCCAAGUCCUCACUGGAUGGAUCCGGAGGAUGAGCCAAAGAAAUGCUGACUCCAUUGAGUAUUGUGUUCUGAAUGAAUGGGAUUCUAACAACAACACGCCUUUGCACCUUGCAGCAUAUAAGAAUGAUCACCAGAUGGCUAAACUGUUAUUGGAAUGUCGAUUGGUUCAGCGGAACCAAGUAAAUGGUGAUGGUUUAACUUUCCUUGACAUCUUCAGAACCCAAGGACAAAGAGACGCAGGUGGAGACUUAAGAAGCCAGGGACCGAGAGUCUUGGGAGAGGACUUAGAUUUGGAACAAGUUGUUGCAAAAACCGGGUGUAAAGAGGCGGCGUCCUUGCCAAGACCCAAGGCAAGGUUUGAGAUUUUAAAAUCACCAUUCACUUUCUGGUCAUUCUGCUUCACGGGCAUGAGACGCCUAAGGACUAACACGUCAGAUGAAUCUCGUGGAGUGUUCCUGAUUGUAUGCACUUUGAUAAUAACAGCUACUUACCAGACUGCCCUCCAGCCUCCCGGAGGUUUACAUCAAUCCGAGGAUUCGAAUGCGGGUUCCGUGGUGAUGAAACAGGCAUUCUUCAUCCUUAUUUGGGUUUCCAACACCAUAGGCUUCGGCUGCGCUAUACUCUACACCUUUUGUCUCAUACCACUUGGUAGUUUGUUUGAAAAUUGGUUCUCUUGGAUUGGGACAACUCUGUGCAUUUCUUAUGCUCUAGCAAUGGCAGUAAUCUCACCGCACCCUCUAGUGUUUCUCUCCGCGACCUUCGCCUUCUUCCUGCUCAUUGUUCUCUAUAUCUUGCUUGAAGUUUUCAUACAACGAUGGCGGAAGCAUCGAUCUAUUAGAAACCCAUCAGGAGAUUGCUAUGCUUGGAUGGAUGAUUUUAUGUGGGUAAUUAGCAAAAGAGAUUAAUUGAGGAAAUGCUAGUGAUUGCAGAUCUUUUAUGAUUAUCUUGUUAGGUUCCACUUUUUGUCUUUAGUUGUUUGCUCUCUCCACUCCGGUAUGAACACCAUGUGGGAAUAUAAUAUCUUUAUAAAAGGUUUUUCUUUA